AUGGCGCUUGAACUGGGUCCUGGUGUACGCUCCGGGUCGCCAGAGAGUUCUGGGCGGGACUCGCCCAUUCCACGACAAUGGAGGAAUCAACUCGGCGGAGGAGAUGCCCCGGUUAAGGACAAGGCAUACCGUCGAUACGCUGCCGGAGUCGACAAAGCGCUGCUCUUAUUCGAAACAGCUCUAGAGGAAUGGGCUGACUACAUAUCCUUCCUGAACAGGCUCCUCAAGAGUCUACAAGCUCGACCGCCCGCCAGCGCCAUUAUUCCCUCCAAGAUCACCGUCGCGAAACGUCUAUCACAAUGCUUAAACCCGUCUUUACCCUCGGGUGUACACCAGAAGGCGCUCGAAGUUUAUAAUUAUGUAUUUGAAGCGAUUGGAAAAGACGGGCUCUCGCGAGACCUCCCUCUAUAUCUUCCUGGAUUAGCACCCACUCUCUCUUUUGCAUCGCUUUCCGUCCGGUCGCCAUAUCUCGACCUUCUUGAGCGUCAUUUCACGGGUGUCGAUUCCAGGUCAUUACGUCCAGCUAUGAAAUCAAUAAUAUUAGCGUUGUUACCCGGCCUAGAAGAUGAAACUAGCGAAGAUUUCGAUCGAACUAUGCGACUGGUUGGGAGCUUCAAGAAAGCCAUCCGACCAACAGAUAGCGUCGCUCUCACGGAGCAACAUGCCACGGGCGACGAUUUCUUUUGGCAGUGCUUCUUUCUAGCUUCUGUUACAAGCCAUGGCCGCCGUGCUGGUGCUCUAGCCUACUUGGUGCGGAAUCUGCCUAUCUUGGGUUCGGAUCCAUCUUUGACAUCCAGCGAGAAAAAUGACCAGAAUGGUACAGAACAAGGCGGCGUCAGCAGUGAAAUUACUGCGAUUGUUACGACUCCAGAACCAGGUUUGCUGGUGAGAUGCUUUGCCAGUGGACUUUCUGAUGAGCAGCUGCUGAUCCAGCGUGGCUUUCUUGAUCUACUUGUCUCUCAUCUCCCCCUGAAUUCCAAAGUGUUACAAUCUCUUGUUAAACCUGGUGAUCUGGAACUCCUCUUGAGAGCGGCUGUUGGAGUAGUUACCCGACGAGAUAUGAGCUUAAAUCGUCGCUUAUGGGCAUGGCUCCUUGGCCCUGAGCCAACAGGCAACGAAAAUGAACACAACCAAGAUUUGCAUGGUAGCGCCUCAGACGGGCAGCAGGCUCUGCUAUCCUCCCGAACAAACUAUUUCGAGCAGUUUGGUCUACAAUCUCUGACAAAAGCCCUACUGGAAAUGAUCAAAGAUACUUCACACGGUGGAGUUGCCGAACGAACCCGCCCCUAUCGUAUUUGUCUUUCUUUGAUGGACAAGUUGGAAGUUGGUGGAUUGGUGAUACCAGACAUCUUUCUUCCCGUGGUGGAGAGCGUGCGGCAGUUUCAGAAUCAAGGCCCGGCCAAGGGAGAAUUUACAGAGGUCCUACGCAGCGCAAGUGUAUUCUUCGAUGGCAUUGAAGGUGGUCUAAUAUACGGCGAGCUCGUUGGACUUCUGGAUCAAGCUAUUAGCUCACAGAAAGCGAACAGUGAAGUUCGAAGCGACAAACUCUCUUUGGUCAAGUUUAUCAUCGCCCAUUUCAAUGUGCAUGACGGAGAGAUGAGCACAAUCCAUGCUCCCCUGGCCUGUCUCGCUGCUUUGGCCAUGUUAGAGGAUGCAGCGAGUCGAAAAGAUAGCCUGUGUCUGCCGGAUGGCCCUAACCCAUCUCUUAAAGAACAAGUCCUUGGCAUUAUCGUUUCGCUCCUGGAACUGGUGCCGGGCUGGGCUUUCACAGAGCCGUCCAAGGGCAAAGCCAGUCAAAAGAAAGACUCUGGUUCCUCUACGUCACCGUCAGCCAAAGAUUUAUUGAAAAGAAUCCAGGAUUUUUAUGUCCAGGGGCAAGGAAAUCCUGACGCUUCUCCAAUACCUUUCACUCACAUAGAAACUGGAGAAUUGAUUCUGGACAAAGCAGUCAAGUACAUUGUUGAUAAUUCGGCCGAGCAGGACUCACCUUGUUCUUUGAGCUUUCACAUCAAAAUUCUACUCCUCAUCUUGCUGAAAGUUCCCAAAACCUACAGAUUUGAUGAAAAAGUGUUAAUGUCCUCUUUAAAGGCACAGGUGACACAGAAACGACCCUUGAGGUUUUCUGACUUUUCUUCAAUUCUACAUCUCAUCACGCAGCUUCAUCAUGUUGGACGAAUUUCAACUUCAGAGUUGUCUGAGCUGGUGCACCCUCUAGUUCGCCACGCAUGGUCAUAUCUUUCAGCUUCUGAGCCCAAAUAUCAUGUGGAAACUGUCCGAUGCCUAUGGCAACUUCAGGCAGCUAUUUCAUUUACUCGUCGUGAUGUUGAAGCCUCGCUUGCGAGUAUCAUAGUGAACCAGAGCGCUGGCGAUGGUGCAGAUAUCGGGCGUGCUUUUGGUGUUUUGUGGUCACAUACUAUUCAAGAUACCCAAUCUGAUCGGCGUGGGCCAAAGAUCCCUACAGCGGAAGCAAAAUCUGGCCAAAGAGUUAGCGGGACUGACCAUUAUGAGAUUAUAUUGACACGACCUCUAUUGCUUGUGCUUGAUGGACUGUUGGACGACAGGACGCAGUCGUUUAUGACUGUCAAAUCAUGGCUCAGCAACAUGGUUGGCAUUGAUAGAUUGUUUCUACUCUUCGUUAUGAAAUUUGGAGAAAUACCUUUUCUUCGCGAAGUUGGAAAAGACUUCCAAGCUGAGAAGCCUCUGCCUGAACCCCUUGCUUUCACCGAAGAUGACGAUAUAGAUCUCUGCUUGUACUAUUUACGGACUCUCUAUCACGUCUUAAUUCACUCUGGAGAAACUUCAGGGGCAGUACUUGUAUCCAAGCAUCUCUCCUUUGGGGAUACGGCGCAGGUACAAAUCUCUACUGGCGGAGACGAAGACGACAUCACGCUACAGGAUUAUUUUGUUCGGGUGUGCAUGGCCUGCAUUACUGGCGAUGCAAUUUCGCCUGCCAGCGAUGACCUGGGUAACAGAGUCUCCCAGCUGCAUCGUUAUGCGCUGACUGUUCUUCACCACUUCCUCACAAGUCAUCAUGCCGCUCCUCUAUUCAAUCUAAAUCUUGAUCAUGUUCUGAUUGAUAGACUGUCAAUUUCCAUUGGAAAUACGGAUCCGUAUGUACAAGUUCUUUUGCUUGACGUCGUCUUUGACGCUCUCAAGUUACACGAUGCCGUGGUGACGGAACUUGCUAUAUCUUCCAUUGCCGAAAAGCGAAGAUCAAGCGCGGAUCCUUUACAUGCAACCAGAUUAUCCAUCUCCUCCGGCGACAUGGCUCCACCUCCUAUGGUAAUGCCCCCCCAGCUACUCAAAUGCCUACAGUCAGGUCUAAGUUCAACAAACAGCCAGUUUGUUUUAGAUACUUGGGUCUCAUUUUUGAGCAGAUGUCUGCCUUUUUAUUCUCAGUCCAUCUUUCAGAUCUUGAUACCCCUUGUCGAAACGCUAUGCAAACAAAUAGGCGCUACCUUCUCUCACUUGAAAAUUUUGUUUGAAGACGAAUCAUACGAAGUCAAGAGUGAGGCUGGUACGCCAGAAUCUACUCUAAUUUACCUUCUCAAUGCUCUGGAACAAGUCUUGGCUAAGGCACAUGACCAAUUGUUGGCUGAGGAAGCUCAAGCGCUGGCUGUGAAAGGCCCCGACCAGCCUCAAUCAAUCUUUGGGAGCAUGGUAUCGGGUGUCUUCCAGUCAGACUCCCCUCAGUCUCGAAGCGCCACGGCCAAUGACCGCUUGACCGUUCAUUUAGCCUUCCAAGAUGCGGUGCGAAUGUGCUUUUCAAUCUGGUCUUGGGGACAGGGGGAUGAAGCCACCACGCAGGAUAUCAAUUCAUCAGCGUCCUUUAACUACACAUCUCUGAGGAUGAGGAAUCGAGCAAGGCGACUCCUUGAACACCUUUUCACGGCGGAGACGCUCGAAAGCCUCGAGACCGUGAUUGAUGUAUGGAGAAACUCAACAAGCGCUGCGGAGCAUGUCACCGUAUUUAGCUUCCUAGCAGCUUUAGAUGCUGCAAGACCAAAACACUCGAUGCCGGCUCUUUUCAAUUCCAUAUACAGCCGUACGAACCCUGCCGCGCUGGAGCCCUCACGGAAGUCGACAAUGACAAUCUCACUUCAAGAUGCCGACUUGGUUGUCUUCCUAGUCGAGUACGCCAGGUCACUUGAUGACGAUGCCAUGGAUGAGAUAUGGCAAGAUUGCAUCACGUUCUUGAAGGACCUCUUGAACAAUCCUUUCCCCCACAGACAAACGCUUCCCAGCCUUCUCGAAUUUGCCGCCAUCUUGGGCGAGAAAGUUGACAACACCAAUUUCGGCGAGCAGCGGAAAAUGCGUAGAGAAUUAGGGGACCUCUUCUUAAGGCUUAUUACUGCUCUCUUCACUACGAGGCCGGCUUUUACUGAUUCAGGCAAUUCGAACGGCACGUCGGGGACUAAGUUUGUCAAGGGCGAGCUUGAACGUCGCGGCACAUUUCCCGGUGCAAUCGAAAGAUCUGAUGAUGUCGUAGCUAUUCUAGCCUCCAUCGUUCCCAAUCUGCCAAAAAUCCUCCUUGAACCAGACCGAGUUCUCUCUGCAGCUGCAACGAUAUCUUCCAAUGUCAUUGGUCCGACUUUCCGCUCCAAGACGUUCCCAGAUUCAGUCUCUUCCAGCACCCUGAGGCUCUUGCACGAGCUUUCAAGGCUACCAAACAACCAGAAAGCCUGGAAGAAGGAUGUCAGCGAGGCUUUUAAUGACAGCAGAUUCUUCGCAAUGAAUCUUGCCUUGGUUCAGAGCGACUGGCUGCCGUUGCUGCGGCAGUGGGCAUUGACAGAUAAGGAGAGAAUCCCAGAGAUUGUUGGCCGUAUUAAUGCACCUACGACUGCGGGGAUCGUAUUCGGUGUGGGCGCCACUUCAGCUCGUCUUGAAGCUGAUCGGAAGACGCAGCUUAAUUUGCGGAGAAUUGCUACUCUGAUUCUUGCCUCGGCAGAGGAUGCCUUUGUCACGGAUAUCCCUGCCAUCUUUGACAAGGUGGUUGAGCUGUUCGGGGCCACUUCAACAUCAUCUCCGUCAUCCACCACGCGAGCAGAGGUAUACAUGGUCAUCAGAGCAUUGGUGCUCAAGGUCAGCCCGAUCCAUCUCGCCAGGCUAUGGCCCGUGGUCAACGCCGAGAUUCAUUCGGCCAUAUCUUCCAUCGUCGCCCCUGAUCACAGCACGGCAUCCGAGGUUUACGUCAACGCCGCCAUCCUACAGGCUUGCAAGCUGCUCGACCUGCUCAUCUGCGUUGCGCCGGACGACUUCCAGCUGCACGAGUGGCUCUUCGUGACGGACACCAUCGAGGCGGUAUACAGAUCGUCCACGUACCAACCCGUCGCCCUGGUCGACGAGAUAUCCGAAGAACUUGGCGCGACCACCAUUGCCGGCCACGACGACGCUACGAUUAUGGCCCAGAUGUCGACUAAUCAGAACGGCCCACGCCGCCUUCCGCUCCUCGGCGCUGGUGGCAUCAGCGACGAUGUCAGCUUUGAGAGAAAGGAUGAGCUGGUAGCCAAGGUUCUUAGGCCGUUCUUUGGGCAGCUCAGCAUUUUUGCCUUUGAGUCGACGUAUGCCAUGGGGGCGCUGGAUAGAGAUGCCUGCGUGGAGGCGCUGCUGAGGGAUGUUUUUGAUGAUCGUAGUAUGGUUAAAGCUUUGUAAAAAUGGGUGAAUUUUUUUAUUUUAUUUUACCUUUUUCUUUAUCUUAUUUUCUUUUAUCUUUCUUUUAUUUUCUUUUUCAAUGGUGGCCACAUUUGAGUAUGAGAUAGAUGUGUAGAUAAGUAGGCAGAUAGACUUGAAGCUGAGUUUUUUUAUUAUCGGUAUGAUGUGGUAUAUAUUCUCUUUUGCAACUUUGCUGUGAUUACCCUUGGUCCCAUUCCUAUUUACACUCUGUCAUUACUGCAUGUAUCCUAUAAAUAGCAUCCAUCUUCAGCCCCAUUGACGGCUAUUCAUAAGGCCGUCGAAAGUGCUACUCCAAGUAAUCUGCGACUUUCAAAAGACAAAAUUUUAGAAGGAACAAAAUAAUAGAACAAGACUUGAGGUAUUUCUUGAGAGCCAACGGGCAUCAUCAAAACUCCAGUUCAAAGACCAGCGUGAAGAUUA